GGUCGCCAUAAGAGGCUGGUAUGGCCUGGUCUGAUCGCUUGGAAGCGGCCGUGAACGUCGCUCUCCGAGUGCCCGCCCUGGUCCUCCUGGAUGCUCUCUACACGUGGGACGUGAGCACGCUGGUGUCCCGGCUACACACCAACAGUGACGGCAUGCUCUUCAAGUACAAGUUUGCAGCAUGGAAUGCAUUCUUCCUCGGCCAUAUUCUUGGGUUUGCGGUGCUGUUUUUGCCCAUUGGGAGGCUCACAUCGUUCUACCUGCACCUUAUGGCUGGCUUUCUACUGGCCAGCACACACAUUAUUUCAAGAAGUUAUAUUGACUUUUCACUUACAUCAGAAGAGUCUGUUUAUUCCAACCACAAUUUAUUCAUUCAUCUAAUUGGAGCUAUAUUAGCCCAGGUUUUGGUGGAAGUGCUUUGUGCCUGCUGCCUCAAGACCCGGAAAGUUUGGCGUUUCAUGGGCCCCUCCCUUCCCCUUAUUGGGGUCCUCUGUGGCCUUCCUAGCUCUGCUCUUCCUCUGUUACAGCGGUUUGCAAUCACCCUCAGUGUUACUCAAGUGAUGUAUGCCGCAUUAUCAAACAUCUACCUGCCUUACUACCUGCUGCGGCAAGCGUGGGCAGAGGGACGCCAGUUGAUGGCUGCUGAAGGCAUUGUCACGCUACUGAUCUUCAUGUGGCAGCAGCUGUCCGUACCCUCGCUUUUUCUGACCUUCUGGCUGGUCCAGUUCAUGACUCAGACUUCGCUGCCACCACUGGACUCUAAGGAGGACAACUUGGUGCUUAUACUCACCAGUGUAGCCAAGUGCUGCGGAAGUCCAUACCUCCUGCUGGGCCUGACAUCUGUGGUGUCCCACGUAGCCCAGUCUUUGCUGUCCCUAUGCAGACUUUACCUGCACGGUUUCUCUGUGCUUCUACAGCAAGAUGCAGUUUACCGGGGGAUUUCGGAAGGCGUGAUGUUUCUGAUGAUGGCGAUGUGUACGGGGCUACUAGAGCUGCAGCUCGUGUAUCGCUUCCUCCUCAGCAUCAUCCUCUUCGUCGUGCUGGCCUCCACCCUGCAAUCUGCGCUCGAAAUCUCUGAACCUGUUCUGCUCAACUUGGCUGCUGCACGUGAUAAGAAUAGGUGGAAACACUUUCGUGCGUUGAGCAUGUGCUUGUUCCUGUGCCUCUUCCCGAUGUUCCUGAUGUGGAGGAUCAACCUGCUUCUCCCAAUGGACUCCUGGCUCAUCCUUAUAUCAAGCACUGUGUUAACGGCGCUCCAGGCAAUGAGCAGUAUCGUUAUCUACUUACUCUUCGCCUUUGAAGAGCAGCGUGACUGGCCUCCCGAAUUCAUGGAUGAUGUUGUCUAUUACCUGCAGGGGUUUUGCCGCGGCCUGGAGUUUUUGGCAUCUCUGGGGCUCGUGGUGUUCAGCCUUCUCGAGUGGACGGGCGGUGGAUGGAGCUGGUCCGGCGUGACUGUGGUGCUCGCCUACGCCUACUACAACCUGUGGCAGCGCGCACGUGCCGGCUGGCGCAGCCUGAAGCUACGGCGCAUGGCUGGAUCCCGCGUGGCUGCUAUGCAGAGGGCCUCGCCGCAACUGUUGGCGCAACAUGGAGACGUGUGCCCAGUCUGUUACCAGGACAUGAAGGUGGCAGUAUUGACUCCUUGCGGCCACAUGUACCACCCCAGUUGCCUGCGCAAGUGGUUCUAUGUGCAGGACACUUGCCCCAUGUGCCACCGCAAACUCGGCGCAGAGGAGAGCAGCGACAACGUCGACACGGCAGAACAUGAUGCUGGGCUCAGACCCCCACCAGAAAUGUCCCCUCAGCCUAAUGGAGAUGCAAUGUGAAUAUUCCAGCAGAUACUUGCUCAAUGAGGACUUAAAAACACAAUAAAACACACGUGGAUAUAGACAAUAGAAGCGUUCUGCAUGCUGGAUCAACACAGCCUCACACAAUCAAUACUAGCCUACCACAUAUUGUCUUGGUACAAUUCAUGGCAGGAAUUCACCAAAACGCGUGAAACGGGGAUACAGAAAACUUGUUUGAAAAGGCCGCCACCCUUUGCCAACUAAAUGUUCUGCUUUACACACAAUUGGGGCCAUUCUGAACGGGUUGUUGCAUUGCUUGUGGGGAGCAUGAUGUUGGUAGAUUCAUAAACAAAAUAUCCAAGAAGGCUUGCUGCUACUCGCCAUGCUGAUAAAUAUCCUUAGUGGUAUCACAAGGUGGAGAUGGAGCAGUGGCACAGUAGUUAGCGUACUACACUACUAACCUGCCCAGUCCUGCUCGUCAUCCUAUAAGGGACCCUUCGCCCCUCGCUGUGUAAUGUGUCACUUGUCACCCUCGCAAAUGAGAUGUUGCAUCUCGAGGGACUUUCCAGGUUAAAUAUUUUAAAUAAAUAAAUAACCCACUGACUUGAGAUUCACAGACACGGCUCGGUGGUGGGUGAUAUCAGAACUGUUCCUGGGCCACCCUACAAACCUACACGGACCAGUGUGGUGAAGUUAAGUCAAGAACCCACGUGACAUUGUGUGGAGAGGCCUUCAUCCACAAGUGGAUUAACAUAGAGCUGUUAUAUAUUUUUUAUUUUAUCAAUGUGAACAAUUUCAGCGUGGUACAGAGAUGAUCAAAUAUGCAUCGUUGUGUAGAUAGUGCAAUCCACCAUCGCGAUUGUUUUUUUUUGGCUCGCAAACAUGGACUAAAUUUUUUAAGUUGGUUAUAGUGUUCAGCUGACAAUGAUGUGUAACUUUUUAUUGAUUCAUUAAGACAUUAUUGUGGCAACCGUCGUUCCCUAGAGCAUUAAUUCGUUCUCAAAUCAUUCAGAAAUGGCCACCGCCAUCAUGGGAUAUUUUCAUUUUCGGUGAAUGCCAUUGAACCAAAACAUUGUCUUCAUCACUCGUACACACACAACAGAAACAGUCACAGUACAUGGCAGCAUCACAUGUACCCCACUCGUGGGGGCCUGAGGUCUCGGCAGCUUUGUGAAAAGGUUGAAUUUGAUGAACAUCUCCAGAAAAUAGCACUUUACAACAUACGCAAAUAGAUUACUGGACAAAAAAGUGAAAAUUGUCUGAACAUGGGGAAAUGCUUUCCUAUCUAUACUCUAGACGUACGCAAAGGUAGGCAAGGUUAAGAAUUAAUUCCUGUAUAUAUGAAAAAGUCAAGAUUUGUUGAACAUCUAUAGAGAAUGACAGUUAAAGUGUGCAUACUGCACUGGGUGUGCACAGAGUGGCUACGUGAUGGAUGAAUAUGUGACGUUGUACUUUCCAAUCAUUAAAAUGUUAGUUGGUACUGUGUACUCGAGCAAAAUAUAUUGUAACCAAAUUAUAAAAUGCACAAUAGUUACUUUAACCUGAGAGACGGGGGCGUUUUUUCCACAUGUGCCUUCAUAAAUGUUUUUGAUUUAUUAGUUUGCGUGUUUGAGGAGCAAGAACCCUCUGAAUUUCACCCUGUGUACAACCAAAUCGUAAUUGUAACCUAUAAUCUGCAUCAUGAUGUUGGGUAUGGUUAUGACUUUUGUAAUGAAUAUUGGUUUGGCCCCGUAAGUUUGAAAAAGUACAUACUGUUGAUAUAAUUUUUCUAAAGUUUCAACGUUUCCAUCGGUGUGAAGUUGGAACGUUUUGUAAUUGUAUUCAAUUGUUCCUGGUGUAACUCGUUUAUGCAAACGCUGAAUUGUGAAAAAAAGCUUGAAAUGUUAAUAAAAUGUUUAUUUUUGUGUG